AUGCGCCUGCCCUCGCUCAUCAAUCUCCGCCGCCCAUCUGACACGCCCCUCACGCCCGAAGACAUCUUUGGCUCCUCACUCGGCGGCAUCUUCACCGACGACCUGCAGAACCAGCACGGCGACAAUCCCGAGACUGUUGUUCUGUACUGCAACGCAAAGUAUGGGGAGCUCGAGUUGCGCACCGCCGAUGUCAAUGGCGAGGAGCAGCGGCGCAAGUUUGCGCACUAUCUGUGGAAUGCGGGCAUCAUGAUGGCGGAACUGGUCACAGGGCGGCUAAGAGAUGGCGAAGAGAACUUCCUGGAAAAGACGCCGGACUGGGAAUUCACGCGCUGGGAACCUGGGCAAUGGUGGGCUAGCGAGGAAGAGGAAAAGCAAUGGAGUGUCAAGGGCGAGACUGUGCUGGAGCUGGGUGCAGGCGUAGGACUGGGCGGGAUACUGAGUGCACUGGCGGGUGCGAAAGAGGUUGCCGUCACCGACUAUCCCGCGCCUCCGAUCCUCGAUAACCUCAAGAGAAACGUUACAAAGAACGUACCGGCCAACCUACAACCUUGUAUAACUAUCCAGGGCCACCAAUGGGGGUCUACUUCCACCGACUUUGAAACGUCGAAAGCCCACAGCUACACGCGCAUCCUGGCGGCAGACUGCUUAUGGAUGCCGGGGGAGCACGAGAGCCUCGCAAAAUCAAUGCUGCACUUCCUCGUACCCACGCCCGAUGCGCGUAUAUACUGUAUCGCGGGUUUCCACACAGGCCGAGCCAAAGUUGCGCCCUUCUUCGAGGAGGUUGUGCCAGCGCAGGGGCUCGAGAUUGAGGAAAUGUACGAGAUGGAUGCCGAUGGGCAACGACGGCCAUGGGCCAAGGAGCGCGACGGCGGUCUGGAGGACAUGGGCGAGCGGAAAAAGUGGCUCAUCCUGGCGCGGUUACGGAGGGCAGUCCGAGCAGAGCGGCCGUAGUACUUGGCUUGCCGGAAUAA